UCUAAAGGAGUUUCUACAACAACUUUCUUUAGAUCGACACAAACAAAAUGCACUGUCAAAAUGAUGCGCGCGCACAAACUAAAUAUCAUCGUUUCGCGUUCCGAUGUUUCUAUGAUUCUCUAUGAAUAUAUACACUGUGGGAUUAAAAUAUGCAAUUGUUCACUGCGUUCAUUGGUGUAGUGUAAACAAUAAUUUGUGACAAUAAUUUGUAAACAAUAAUUUGUGACAAUAAUUUGUAAACAAUAAUUUGUAUUUUCCUUUGAGAUUCCUUUUUUUCAUUGACUCCUUGGAUUGCGACAUUAUUAAAGUGAAAAAUGUUAAUUACAUACUAUACUAUUCUAAUAGCUUUUCAAUGGUUACAAUUAUUGCAGCGGUGCCUACUAUUAAUUUAUUCUCAUCAAAAUCAAUCUAAUCGACGGUGGCAUGUAAGACCACACAUCACAAAUUAUUUAAGAGAUAAUUAUGGUGCUUAUGAAUGUUUGUUUUUAUACUACGCAAAUUCCGAUCAAGAACUAUUUAAGGAAAUGUGCAGGUUAUCUGUAGACGGCUUCAAAAAACUUCACGAUAUCGUUGGACCCAGUCUAGUGAAAAGGAGUCGUAGGCGUCCAUUGUCAACCGAAGUGAGAUUGGCAAUAACACUAAAUUACUUGGCGCACGGAGAUAGCAACCGAACGCUGUCCAACUUUUUUCGUGUUGGCUUAAGCACUACCUAUAAAAUAGUGAAUGAAGUAUGUAAAAAAAUGUGGAAUCUACUUUCAAAAAGAUAUUUACGUUGGAAGACACCAGCUGAAUGGAAAAUUGUAGCUCAAGGUUUUCGAGUGCGAUGGAAUUUUCCGAACUGUAUCGGUGCUAUAGAUGGUAAAGAAAUUCGAAUAAAGGCUCCUCCUAAUUCAGGAAGUCUUUUUUAUAAUUAUAAGAAGUUCUAUAGCUUCAAGUUACUCGCUAUUUGUGAUGCUUACUACCGUUUCACAUGGGUUGAUAUUGGCGAAUAUGGAUCAGCUAGCGAUUUAUCAGCUUUUCGUAACACCAGUCUAUUUCGAGCUCUAGAAACUGAGAAUGCUAAUAUCCCAGGUGCCAGUACUUUACCAAGAACCAACAUUCAGUUGCCUCACUUUUUUAUAGGAGACGAAAUUUUCCCUACAUCAGAGUAUUUAAUUAAACCUUUUGCAAGACAAAAUGUUCUUACAGAAAGACAGAAGGUUUUUAAUUAUAGAUUGUCACGAGGCAGAAACGUUAUCGAAGACAGUUUCGGAACGCUCGUCGCAACGUGUCAAAUUUUAAAUCAGCGUUUAGAUUGUGAUUUGGAAACGGCAGAAAGUAUUGUAAAAGCUUCAUUGUGCUUACACAAUUUCAUCAUCACGGAAGAAAUAAGACAAUGUGAUACUGACAGAAGAAACAACGCACCUACUGAAAUUGUUAGAAAUGCAGAACAUUUACCUCAUUUUCAUGAAAUAUUUCCAGAAAAUGUUAUAGACAUUAGAGAGAAAUUGACUUACUACUUUAACUCCAAAGAAGGACAAAUUAUUUAAAUGAUUAAAACUGACAUUUUUUAUUUUCAAUAAUAAAAAUAAUAAUAUCUGUAAUUAUUGUUUCAUACAUGUCAGUUAAAAUACGCAUUCCAGUAAUUUUUAUGAUUAUCUUCUAUAAAAAGUCA